AUGACAGAAUCUCAUAACUUCCGUUAUGGUUGGAGUGAUCCUUUGCAGGGAGUGGGUUUUUGGCUUUGCCACUUCCUGUAUUGUGUUUCUUUUUAUAAUGAGACCCCAAGGUUUCUCAUUAAGAAAGGGCGUAUGGAGAAGGCAAAAGCAUCCCUUAAGAUGUUGAGAAAAUGUGGAGCAGAAGCAAAGUUGCAUAUGUUGGCAGGCAUGAUGAAAAAUGAAGGCAAGAGGAAAAGGAAGAAAUUGUCAUACUCGCCCAUUUUACUUCUUAAUAUAGUGGCUCAAAUUUUCCAGCAAGUGUUGGGCUUAGACUCAAUACUAUUCUUUGGACCAUUACUUCUGCAGUCAGCUGGAUACACCUAUAAUGCCUCUUUCAUCGCUCCGCUUAUUACCAGAGUUGUUUGA